AUGAAGAUGAGGGCUUUGAACAACAGGUGGACCUGCCCUGUCUGCAGCAACAUUCUAAAGCCGCACGACCUUGUAGAUGACGGGGCGUGUCAUGAAGUAAGCCUGGCAGCUACGGAGAUCAUCCGUGUGGCAGGCAUGUCCGGGUACCACACUUCUGUCAUUGUGGACAACCUGGAGUACUUCUUCGAUGCGAUAGGUAUCUUACAAGCCGCUCCUCUCUUCAGCCACAACCUCAACGAAGCCAAGAAUCCUGGUGGCAGUAAGACGGUCGUCACCUUCAUCGGUUACAGCCACUUCGACGGCAGAGCGAUGGUGGAAGCGCUGCAUGAGUUCUUCGAACGAGGCUCUUAUGACGUGUUCUACAAGAACUGCAAUACGUUUUCGGAUGCUGCCCUGUACAUGCUCACCAAGACACGAAUCCCUGGGACCUACAAUCGAAUAGAAAGAUUCGUGACAGCGACGAAGCCUGUGUCAAUCAGUUUGCUCAAUAGGAUAUUCAAAGCUCUGGUCGAAUCCUCUGGCGUGACCGUCCAGGGCGACAUCUACACACCCAAUCCGGUGUCUGCAGACUUUUCUGUGGAUGGGGUUAUUGCCUCGCUGGAAGGAGAUGACGAGUCGGAAGAGUCGGAUCACUCCGAAUCUGACGAGGUAGACAAGUACGUGCAGAAGGUCUUGUCUGAGACGCCAGCUCAUGUUGAAGAGGUCAUCAUUGAGAAGGAUGGCUCGUACAGGAUCGUGGAGGAUGAGGAGGAUGCUGCUGGCAAGGAUGCCAGCAAAAACGAGACAGACAAUGCUGAACAAGUGGGCGCAAAUGACGCGCCGAUGGCAGAUGCAGAUCAGCAGGAUGGCAUCAAAAGACAAGGAACCGAUGAUGGGAUUGAGGUGCCUUUGUCCAAGCGCCAGCGAAGGCGGCAGAAGAUUUUGGAAGCACGCGGAGAACUUCCUCAUGCCACGGCACCCAGCUUGUGA